AUGAACUUGAUCCUCUUGGACACAAAUCCUUACUUGUACAAGUAUUGGAGCGUCCACUACAGCCAGCUUCUGUCUAUUCUCAAAAUAUAUGGUCUUAGUCCCCUUAAUGACUUGAAACUACAUUUCAAAAACUGCUCUAUAGAGUCGUUGGUGAUAUCUAAGCCUGAACAGAACUUGGGAAACAAGUCCACAGCGAUAGUGACUCCGACUAACUCGUUAUCGUACAUGGGUGGCGGUUUCGAUAAAUAUCUUCUACAGUCAUUAUUGCUUCCUAGUACAAUCAGCUACAAGCAAAUAGAGCCUCUAAUACAGCACUAUAGUCUCAAUAAGUUCAACGGUUACCUUCCUGUGAACCUGACUAAUAUCAUAGAACUUUUGACAGUGUUUGGUGACGUCCAUGACUAUGAACAGUCACAUGCAUACAAGAACUGGAACAUCACCACGGUCAUCCAGGUGCCUUCUAUGAUUGUUCCUGAAGCCGUAGGUUCUAAGACAAACAUUUUUGAUAGCAUCUUCAAUGUCAUGCUAGCUACAGCUCAGCAGCCUAUAGGUAAUCUUAUAAUCCCAGGAAUUGGAACAGGCUAUGGACAGUUGGAUCCUGAGGAAAUCGCCAAAAUAAUGAUUUUUUCCAUAGUUCUCUUCAACUUGAACUUGGGCACCGAUCGGUUUUCUCAUCUCAAGAAGUCGUGUUUGAUUCUCUUUUUCUUCAACAAGGACUACCGUAAACUUUCAAACGAGUUGGACCUCUUCGAGCUUCAUGAAAAGGUUAUUUCGGAGUACGGAAAGACUCGUGUCACACAGUGUGGUGAUGAACUCAUGGAAUUUGAAGAGCUCUUCAAAUGUAUUAGAUUGGAAUAG